AUGACCACAAUUGCGAAUGACAUCGCCCUUGUGAAGUUGGCUCAGCCACUCCUCUUUGACAAGUUCGUCAAACCAAUCUGUUUACCUUUGCGGCGAUUGCAACUCGUCAACAAGAAAGCAUUCGCUUCCGGUUGGGGAAAAGUCACAGAAGGUGGCAAGAGCACGGAUAGGCUUCGCUACCUCGAGACGAAAUUCUUGCCUUUUCGAAAGUGCAAACCGUCCUUCAACCCAUUGGUGCAGCAGGAUGUGUUCACUGGCACCCAAGUCUUGUGCACGGAAACGAACGGCAAGGGCGUUUGUCAGGAGUGA